AUGUCUCCCUCCUCCGUUUCCUCCUCCCACUCUCUCUCCCAACGACCAACUCAGGCCCAGCUCAAUCUCGCCGCUCUGGCGCGCUCCCCAUCACCGCGGACCAUGCGAGGCUUGCGCAAGAUCCAGUCCCAUCAAGUCCUCUCGGCUCACCCGCCUUCCUCAGCUCAUCCCGCGACGGGGCGCUUAUCCGCCGGUGCCCAGGAGCUCGCCCAGCCACCUCAGUUGGACUCGCCCGUGCGACUGCGCACGCAUCGCCGGGCGCGCUCCAACAGCGAUGCCUCCUCCCGCGAGAUCCCGGCCAUAGCGACGCAAAAGCGAUCGGGGAGGAAAACCGGCUCUGGGUUUGGGGUCAAGCGGUCCCUCUUGGAGUGUCUGCUGCGGGACGGUCCGCACCAGGGCAACCUUCAGGAGGGACUUGAGGAGCUGCGGUACCUGGUUCUGUCGACGAGAGUCGAGGCCGACGUCGAUGGCAUGUCCACAUACCGAAUCUACCUAUGGCUCGUCCUUCUCGAUGUCCCUCCCUUUCCUACAGACGAAUACCUCGCGCUCAUCCACCGAGGCCGCUCUCCUGGGUAUACGAAAAUUCGCAACGACACCUUCCGCACCCUAGCCACGGAUCCCCUAUUCAAGCGCCGCGUCACAGAAGCCAGCCUGAUCCGCCUACUCAACGCCGUCGCAUGGAAGAUCCAGGACGCGAAGAAUCAAUACCGAUCGCGGUCCCGGUCCCGUCCCUCCUCCCGCCUCCGCGAGAUCGAGCUUCUGAUCAAUACGCCUCCGAGCAUCGAAGAAGAGCCCUCCCCGGCCGGUACUACACCAAGUAGCGACGCCAGCUACCGAGACGAUGGCAGCGGGAUCACCAGCGACUCCGCGAUCUACGUUCAAGGUAUGAACGUACUCUGCGCCCCGUUUCUCUACGCCGCCCGCAGUGAGGUCGAGGCCUUCGCCCUCUUCCAUUCAUUUAUCACCCGCGAAUGCCCGGGCUACAUCCGGGGCGCAAUGGACGGGGUCCAUCGGGGUCUGCGCCUGGUAGACCAGUGUUUGGAGAUCGUCGAGCCCAAGCUUGCGGCCUAUCUCUUUGACAAAGGCAUGCAGGCGGAAUUGUACGCGUUUCCGUCUGUGUUGACCCUGUGCGCAUGCACGCCUCCCCUACCGGAGGUACUGCAUCUAUGGGACUUUUUGUUUGCAUACGGCACACAUCUGAACAUCCUGUGCAUUGUGGCGCAGCUGAUCCGGAUGAGGGAUACGAUUCUUGAAAGCCCAAGCCCCAACAAAAUCCUCCGAUCCUUCCCGCCGCUCGAUGCCAAAGAGAUCAUCGCCCUGACAGUGCUUAUCGUCCGCAAGAUCCCCGAGCCGCUGUACGCCCAAUUAAUCGACCAUGCCAAAUAA